AUGGAGCAGCACCUCCCGCCGAACGAACGCGUGAGAUGCAUACGACUCUCGAAGAUGUGCAUGGACCUGAUUCAAAACAGGAUCAACGAACCGUUCCCCAUCUGUGUCUCGGACGAGACGCUGGCGGCCGUGGCAGGGCUUGCCGUUAUAGAGGUGCGACUCAUCGUCUCCGUUUCCCUCAGGUGCUGGACGCUGACUACUACUAUAAAGCACGAGAAGGGCAGUUUACGUCUCUCCCGCAUCCACGUCACCGGGCUCAGACGAAUGCUGGAGGUGCGAGGCGGGCUGGAAGCAAUCCGCAUCUCGAACCCCACGAUUGCAAACGUGCUCUUCUGCAUGUUCGUGGCCGCAGCAGACGUGGACUUCCCCACCUGCGAUGCAGAUACGAUCGUCCAGCGGCCCCCUUGGUUCUACCACAGCCUACAACUCGACAGGUCUUUCCCCUUCCCCAGUGGCUCGGGCGGGACAACCAGCCAGUCCAACUCUGCCGAGCUCGUCCCGAACCCGAGCGCGAACGCCAACCACGCGCUGGAUUUCCAAGCCCACGGCGUCUCGCCCGAGUACUCUGAACUGAUGCUCAAUCUACGCAUCCUGGCAAAGACCUAUCAGACGGCCAACGACUGCAGCUCCGCCCGCGAGUACCAGGACGUAUUGACCUUCCUGUGCUCCACUCUCCAGCGUCUCCUCACGUUGCCCCUCCCCGUGCACGAGCCCCUGCUCGGCGUCAACAGCAUAGGCAGCUACGAGAGCGCCAUCACCACAGCAUGCCGGCACGCCUUGAUCAUCCACGUCUUCGCCCAGUGGUGCGGCCACCAGCCGGACCCGUCCCUGCUGGUGAGCACCGCGCAGCACAAUCUCCUCCUGACGCUGAGGCCGUUGACCGACCAGCGUCACGUGUCUACCAAGCUCCUGCUGUGGCUUCUCUCCGUGGGAGGGACGUGCCCCUACGGCCCCGCCCAGCACAAAUGGUUCGUCAGCCAGCUCGCCGACGUGGCGACCGAUCUGGAGAUCCAUUCGUGGGAGGACAUGAGGGCCAGUCUCAAACAGGUCAUCUGGCACGAAUACCAGGAUGACAAACAACACAAGGAGCUCUGGGACGAGGUGCUCGCCCUGCGCGACGAAGAAGCCCUGCAUUUCUCCGAGAUGGUCUAUCCUGUGCCUAGCGUGGCAUUGUAG